CAAAUAUCCAGAGUGAAUUGCCGCAGCCCCCCACGAUCACCAAGCAAUCCAUCAAGGAUUACAUCGUGGAUCCCAGGGAUAACAUCUUCAUCGAAUGCGAAGCCAAAGGCAACCCCGUUCCCAUCUUCUCCUGGACCCGGAACGGGAAGUUCUUCAACGUGGCCAAGGAUCCCAAGGUGUCCAUGAGGAGGAGAUCGGGGACUUUGGUCAUCGACUUCCACAGCGGGGGCCGGCCCGAUGACUACGAGGGCGAGUACCAGUGCUUCGCCAGGAACGACUACGGCACCGCCCUUUCCAGCAAAAUCCACCUCCAGGUUUCCAAAUCUCCGCUGUGGCCCAAGGAAAAGGUGGAUGUGAUCGAGGUGGACGAGGGGGCCCCGCUGAGCCUGCAGUGCAAUCCCCCACCCGGCCUCCCCGAGCCCGUCAUCUUCUGGAUGAGCAGCUCCCGAGGGAUCUCAGAAACAACUCCCAGCUUCAUGUAUCCCUACGGAACUUCCAGCAGCCAGAUGGUGCUCCGAGGGGUGGAUCUCCUGCUGGAAUGCAUCGCCUCCGGAGUACCAGCGCCGGACAUCAUGUGGUACAAGAAAGGCGGGGAGCUCCCGGUGGGUAAAACCAAGCUGGAGAACUUCAACAAGGCCCUGCGCAUCUCCAACGUGUCCGAGGAGGACUCCGGGGAAUAUUUCUGCCUGGCCUCCAACAAGAUGGGCAGCAUCCGCCACACCAUCUCCGUGAGAGUGAAGGCUGCUCCCUACUGGCUGGAUGAGCCGGAGAACCUGAUCCUGGCUCCCGGUGAGGACGGCAGGCUCGUGUGCCGAGCCAAUGGCAACCCCAAACCGACCAUCCAGUGGCUGGUGAACGGAGAGCCCAUCGAAUACGCAGAUCGGCAGCAGCGCCGUGUACCAGUGCAACGCGUCCAACGAGCACGGCUACCUGCUGGCCAAUGCCUUCGUCAGCGUGCUGGAUGUUCCCCCCCGGAUCUUGGGCCCUCGGAACCAGCUGAUCAGGGUGAUCCAGAACAACAGGACGCGCCUGGAUUGUCCCUUUUUUGGGUCCCCCAUCCCCACCCUGCGCUGGUUUAAGGACGGCCAGGGGAACACGCUGGAUGGAGGCAACUACAAAGCCUACGAGAACGGGAGCUUGGAGAUGUUCAUGGCUCGGAAGGAGGACCAGGGACUCUACACCUGCGUGGCCACCAACAUCCUGGGGAAAGCUGAGGCCCAGGUCCGCCUGGAGGUCAAAGACCCCACCAGGAUCGUGAGGGGCCCCGAGGACCAGGUGGUGACGAAGGGCACCAUGCUCCGUCUCCACUGCCGCGUCAGGCACGACCCCACGCUGCGGCUCAUGGUCAGCUGGCUCAAGGACGAUGCCCCCCUGUACCUGGGGAACAGGAUGAAGAAGGAAGAGGAUGGUCUGAUGAUCUAUGGAGUGACUGAGAAGGACCAGGGUGAUUACACGUGUGUGGCCAACACGGAGCUGGACAAGGACUUGGCCAAGGCCUAUCUCACCGUGCUGGCCAUCCCCGCUAAUCGGUUGAGAGAUUUACCCAAAGAUCCCAAGGCUGCGCCCACGGAUGUCAGGAUCAGAGUGUUAAACAGCACUGCCAUAGCUCUGACCUGGACCCGGGUGCACCUGGACACCAUCCAGGGACAGCUCAAGGAGUACCGAGCCUAUUUCUGGAGAGACAGCAGCUUGCUGAAGAACCUGUGGGUCUCCAAAAAACGGCAGUUUGUGAGUUUUCCUGGAGACCGCAACCGGGGCAUCGUGUCCCGGCUGUUCCCUUACAGCAACUACAAGCUGGAGAUGGUGGUCACCAACGGCCGGGGGGACGGGCCCCGCAGCGAAAUGAAGGAAUUCCCCACCCCUGAAGGAGUGCCCAGCGCCCCCAGGUACCUGCGGAUCCGACAGCCCAACCUGGAAAUCAUCAACCUGGAGUGGGAUCACCCCGAGCACCCCAACGGGAUCAUCACGGGAUACACCCUCCAAUACACCCCCUUUAACGGGUCCCGGAUGGGCAGGACGGUGGUGGAGAACCUGUCCCCCAACCAGACGAGGUUCACCCUGCAGAGGUCGGACCCCAUCUCCCGCUACCGCUUCAGGCUCCGCGCCCGCACCCAGGUGGGAGAGGGAGAGAUCCUGAUGGAGGAUUCACCGGCGCUGCUGGACGAAGCCACGCCAAGCCCAGUAACAAGACAGAGAAAUCAAUCCCCGUUAAGGCUCAGGGCCCGUCCUCGGUGCAGCUGGCGGAUCUGACGCCGGGGAUGAUGUACAAGCUGUGGGUGUUCCCCAUAUGGUCCCACCCCAGCGAGCACUCGUACAUUACCUUUACCACCAGCUCAGCGAUGAAGACAACAAACCUCUUCCCAACAGCCAGACCUCGCUGGACGGGACGAUAAAGCAGCAGGAGAGCGACGACAGCUUGGUGGACUACGGCGAAGGGGGCGAGGGCCAGUUCAACGAGGACGGCUCCUUCAUCGGCCAGUACACGGUCAAGAAGGACAAAGAGGAGACCGAGGGCAACGAGAGCUCCGAGGCCACGUCCCCCGUCAAUGCCAUUUAUUCCUUGGCAUAGCAAAAAAAAAA